AUGUCAGGUGACAUCCCAGUGACGUCAACCGUGACAUCAGGUGUCCGCGCUCCGGCCCGUCCCUGCCGCAGCGCCCCCCACCCUCGGACACCGCAGGGAGGUGCGGCCGCCCUAGAGCGAGCCCGCUCGGCCGCUCUUCCUCGUCGCGUCUGGCUGCGGACUCGCCCGCUUCCGGAGAGCGCAAGUGAAGCGAGCGGCACCGAUGGCCGAGUCCGAGCCGCAGCGGGGCUUCCCGCGUCUACGCCGCGCCGCGACUUCGUUUCCCGGCAACCUGCACUUGGUGUUGGUCCUCCACCCCUCGGCCUUGCUAAGCUCCGCCCCCAGCCCGUCCUCCAGCACCGACCUGGGCUUCCGCUUCAGCCAGGAUGACUUCCUGCUGAAGAUGCCGGUGCUGAUGCUGGGCGACCUGCUUCGCUACAUCGACAUCAACCGGCCGACAUCGGACGCGUGCGGCGGCGCCCCGAGCGACCGGAUCGUCCUGCGCUCGGCCAUCGAGACCUUUGCGGUGACGGUGAAGGAGGUGGCUCACCUCCUGCAAGCCUUCGGUUCGGAGCUGUCGGACGGCGAACUUCCGGACGAAGCCGACGCCGUCGACUUCCUGCUGCGCUCGCACACGCGGCGCUACCGUCGCAUGAAGGAGGACGUGGUUGGGGUGCUGAAGGAAGGACGCCUCCUGCUGGACAGCCUGCAAAGGCUCCAGAGCUCCAAGGAGGACGCCGCGGAGGACCAGGACGACGUCCGGUCAGACUUGGACACCGUUGAAAGGCUGCUGUCUCAGCUGCGCGACAUGGAGGAGGCCUUUGACGGCUUCUUCGAGAAACACCACCUGAAGAUGCGCCAGUACCAGCAGCUGCUGCUGUAUGAGCGCGACUUCCAGCAGAUGGAGGAGGAGCUGGAGAAGAUGUCAGGCGAGGAGAAGGCCAUCCCCGCGGCGGGCAACACGCUGCCGCACACCGAGCGACUCAUCGGAGAGCUCGACGCUCUGGAGCGACGCGCGCAGGAGGUGACGUCCCGCGCUCAACUUCUGACGCUACGGGGCCACCAACUGGCCGCUUGCCAUCAUUACGCCCUGGCUCUCAUCAUGCAGCGCUGCAACGAGUUGCGCCAUCGCUGCGACGCCGUCGGCGGCGGCCUGCGCUGCAAGCGCGCGUCGCUCACGCGAGCCAGGGACCUGCUGGAGCGGCUGGACCGGGCUGCUCGUUGGUGCGACGAGGGCGCAUACCUGCUGGCCAGUCAGAUGGUGGACCGCUUCCAGAGCAGGGAAGGCGCUCAGGAGGCCCUGCGCUGCCUGCUGGAGCACCAGGAGAGGGCGCCGGACGGCAACGGCGACGUCCUCAGUCUGGAGUUGGAGGCCAUUCUCACGCCGCAGCUGCAGGGUCAGAUCGCGGCGGCGACGGACAAGCUGGCGUCCGUGCGGGCCAUGAUCCGCAACCGGGAGGGCCGUCUUCGCGAGUUGGCCGACGCGCGGGUCAGGCCCGUCCAGCUCGUGGCGCCGCGACCCGAAGCCGCGGCCAAGGCGCCGCUCUUCUCGCCCAAGCGCGGGGUGGACUUCAACCUUCUCAACUCCAGGUUCUCCUUCGAUCUGCUUCCUGGAAGGAGAAGCUCCAGGAGGACCGGCGACCAACCCGAGAUCCGCGUGAUGCACGACUACCGAGGCAACCGCAGCUCUCUGUACGGCCCCGCCCCCGACAGCCACUCCGAGGCGGAGGAAGGGGCGGAGCAAGUGACGAGCCGCAUCAUGAAGGAGCUCAUCUCCACCGAGAAGCUUUACGUGGAGCAGCUCCUCGCCGUCCUUCUGGGCUACCGGGCCGAGAUGGAGGACCCGUCUGCGCGGGACCUUCUGCCGGCGCUUCUCCGCGGUCACGGGGACGUCCUGUUUGGCAACAUGCCGCAGAUCUACCAGUUCCACAGCGGAACCUUCCUGCGGGACCUGCAGCGCUGCCUGGACGCUCCGGAGCGGGUCGGCCGGUGUUUCCUGCAGUGGAAGGAGAAGUUCCAGCUGUAUGAGCAUUACUGCCAGAACAAGCCUCACUCGGAGUCGUUAUGGAACCAAUGCUCGGACUCGGCCUUCUUCCAGGAGUGCCAGCGGAAGCUGCAGCACAAGCUCCCUCUGGACUCGUACCUCCUCAAGCCCAUCCAGCGCCUGGCCAAGUACCAGCUCAUCCUCAAGGAGCUUCUCAAACACUGCGACCAGCCGCGGUACCGGGCGGAACUGCAGGAGGCGCUGGACUGCAUGCUGGACCUGCUCAAGUCCGUCAACGACUCCAUGCACCAGAUCGCCAUCGUCGGAUAUCAGGGCGAGCUGGGCCCGCUGGGCCGGGUGCUUCUGCGGGGCGACUUCAGCGUGUGGAGCGGCCACAAGAGGGCGCCGGCGGCGCGCAUGCGGGAGAUGGCCCGCUUCAAAGGCGCCCGGCGCCACGUCUUCCUCUACCGGCGAGCGCUGGUGUGCUGCAAGCGCCGAGACGACCGCGGCCGCUCGCCCGUCUACAGCUUCAAGUCCUGCCUCGGGAUGCAUUCGGUGAGCCUGUCGGAAAACGUCAAAGGAGACCCCAACAAGUUUGAACUGUGCCACGAAGGAAGCCAGGAGGUCUACAUCCUGCAGGCUCCCAGCGCCGAGGUGAAGGCGGCGUGGCUCGCCGAGAUCCAAAAGAUCAUCGGCCGACUGCGCCAAGACUCCGGCCACGCCCACCCCACCGGAUGGGAGGAGUCGGCGAACGGCGGCCCCGCCCACCGCGAGUCCACGGCGGGCCCGUCACCCGGGGCGGCGCCCUCCUCGAACAUCGAUGACGACUCGGAGGACUGGCUGGACGGCUCCAACGCGUCCGACUCGGACGACGCGGGGGAAGGGGGGCGCGUCUCUGCUUGACUG